AUGCCACCUCAACCACUAGACGCGACGCCCGAGCAGAAGGCUCAGGUUGAUGAAGGAGACAGAAGUCCCAAGCAGCUACCGAAGGGGGUAGUCUUGGGUCCCGAUGGCAAGCCGUGUCGGUCAUGCACUUCGGUGUCCUCGUGGUUCGCCAUGGCCAAACAGGGCACAGCGAACCCCACCAACAUCUCGACGACGACGCCGCCGGCCCAAGUAACCGCCUCUCUCGACAUGCCUGCCGACUGCCCACCAGACGUAGAACAGCUUGGACGCUCAGCAUGGACUCUUCUUCACACAAUGGCAGCAAGCUACCCGGAAAAGGCUUCGUCUGAGCAGCAAAAAGAGACGACGACAUUUAUGCAACUAUUCGGCAAGAUGUACCCUUGCUGGGUAUGCGCCGACGAUUUCAGAGCAUGGAUGAAGGAUGGCAACGAGCCACGCGUGAGCAGCAGGGCCGACUUUGGACAAUGGAUGUGUGAGGCACACAACGCCGUAAACGUCAAGCUGGGCAAGAAGUCGUUUGACUGCAAGAAAUGGGAAGAGCGAUGGAGAACCGGCUGGAAGGACGGACGAUGUGGUUGA